AUGUACAUUUUAACAUUACUUGAAAUCAUUCUAGUUACAAUCUAUUGUGCCAAAUUAAUCAAUAAUAUUUGCUGCAAAGAUGUAAACUUUAUUGUAAAAGUAACAUGUUUAAUUUCAUGGUUAACAAAUUUUAUUUUGCUGAUUUUGUUACCAUUAGAUAUUUAUAUAACAUUUAGAGAUCAAGAAUAAUUUAAUAAUCAAGUGGAAGUGCACUCAAAAGAAUAUGAAGCAAUAGCAUAUGUAAUAUAUUAUCUAAAUUAGUUAUAUCAAUUAUUAUAUUGGGCAAAUUUCAUACUUUGUUGGACAAUUAUUCCAAUUAUGUAGGAAUACGAAGAAGCAAUAGAUCUUAAUAGAGCUUAGAAAUUUAUUAGAUCCCUAAUCAAUAAUGGCAAAUUUUAUCUCAUUAUUGGAAUAGCUGGUAUUGCUUUUGUAGUAAUACUUGUCAUGACAGGUUAAGCUUCAGAUUAUGGUCUUGCCAAACUGCUUAAAAGUAUGGCUAAUUCUUUUGGUGUUGCUUUAAUUAUAAUUUUGUUAGGGUAAUGAAAAUCUAUUAAAAAUUUAGAUAUUCUUUAAUUGCAGUUCCAAGAGCACAUAUUAGAACUUCUACUUUGGAUGUUCAAAUGAAAUAUUUAUAUUUUAAAACAGCAAAAAUAACAGAGGAAAAGGAUGAUGCUUAACAUUAUUUACAAGAAAAAGCUAAAAGAGUUGUAGGUAUUAGAAAUUAAGAGAAAUUUUAAUAAUAAUCAUCAAAAAUAUAUUUAUAGAUGAGUCUUAAAGCUAUUCCUAAAACCAUGUUUAAGGAGUUAGUGGAAGAAGAUGCCAAAUCUAAAGCACCUGGAAUUUCUUAUUUAUAAAGAAUGUUUUUUAAAGAGCAACCUGAAGCAACAGAUGAGGAAGUUAUUGAAAUCUAUAGAGAUAUUAGAUAAAAAUCAAGAACAUUUAGAAGAUUGAGAGCAGCAUGGAAAGAGAAUUGUAAGAAGGCAUAUGCUUUAGAAAAUGUUAUAAAUUCAAUUGAAAAUCCAGAUAAAAAAAUUCAUUAUGAUGUUAAAUCAAAUAAAAGAGAAGGAUCUUGUUCUUAAACAUUAGAUACUUUAGAAUGGUAUUGGUUAUGCCAUUAUAAGCCUCAAUUUAAAAUAUUUUUUUCUAUGAGUUUGAGCAUCUUAUCAUUGUUAGUAAUUAUAUCAGAAACAACAUUAUUUUUGAAUACUCCUUUUUCAAUUUUUGGAAUGCCUAUAUCUUUAUAAUCUGGGGUUAUCACAUUAUAAAUAUUUUGUUUUGUUCCUUUAUUUUAUAUAGCAUUUUGUGUUUAUUAUGGAAUGUUUAGAAUUAAAAUAGCAGGAUGUUAUGGAUUAUAUGAUGAUCAUUAAACUGAUGCUCCUAGUUUACUAUUUGCAACAAUAAAUUUUAGUAGAGUAGCAGCUCCAUUAUGUUAAAACUUUUUGAAUAUGUUGAGAAUCAAAUAAAGAAUGAAUUGUGAACCUGCAUUCAAAUUUGCAAUGGGAGAAGUAAUUAAUAUAUAUAAUAUAUAAUAUUAGAUGGAAUUUGUACCAAUCUUUGGAGUUAAUGUUAUUUAAUUGAUGCCUGCUUUAUUACUCUUUUUGUGUUUCAUUAAUUAUUUUGAUUUGUAUGAUAGAUUUAUGAAUUUUCUUGGAUUAAAAGAAUUUAUGUUUACUGAAACAUUUUCUGAUCGACUUAUAUUCAGAGGUAGAGAUGCUUUGAAAGAUAAGAAGGCUUAUUUUGUUUAGAAAAAAUUGAAAAAGUAAAAGGAGAAAUAAUAAAAAGAAGGUGACAUAGAAUUACUUAAAUUUCAAAAUGAAUGAAU